UGUAAGAUUACUUAAAAGAAAUUGAGAGAAACUAUCAUUUAUUCGUGUGUUUUCUGCUGGCCAUGCUUUCUCGAUUUUCUGGCAAAGUUGCACUUGUCACCGGCUCGUCAAACGGAAUUGGGCGUGCUGCAGCUGUUCUGUUCGCAAAAGACGGAGCAAAAGUUACAGUUACUGGAAGAAAUGCUGAAAGGCUUGAAGAAACUAGACAGGAAAUUUUGAAGUCAGGAGUUCCGGAAAGUCAUGUUUUGUCGGUUGCAACUGAUUUGGCAGCUGAAAAAGGUCAAGAUGAACUAGUUAAUUCUACAAUUCAAAAAUUCGGGCGCCUUGAUAUUCUGGUCAACAAUGCCGGAGCAGCUUUCAACGACGAUCAAGGACGUGUUGGAGUUGAUCAAGAUGUCUCAGUUUACGAUAAAAUUAUGCAGAUUAACAUGAGAAGUGUGGUUACUUUGACUCAAAAAGCCAAGGAGCAUUUGGUUAAGGCUAAGGGAGAAAUUGUCAAUGUCUCGAGUAUAGCUGGAACAGCUCAUGCGCAACCCGGAGUUAUGUACUACGCAAUGUCAAAGUCGGCUCUCGAUCAAUUCACCAGGUGUGCAGCCAUCGAUCUUAUUCAGUACGGGGUACGCGUGAACUCGGUGAGCCCGGGAGGUGUCACUACCGGGUUUGGAGAAGCUAUGGGUAUGCCGAGUGGGGCGUUUGAGGAGAUGAUGAAGUUUAUGGAGUCCCGCAAGGAGUGCAUCCCUUCUGGAGCUGUAGCUAAACCAAUCGAUAUUGCCAAUAUUAUUGCGUUCUUGGCUGAUCGUAAGCUUUCUUCCUAUAUUAUUGGGCAGUCGAUAGUAGCUGAUGGAGGAUCUACACUGGUCUUGGGAAUGAAUGCUCACAACUGGGCGGAUCUUAUGAAGCAAUCUUAAAUUUUGUUGGAUUUAGUGGUGAAUAAAUAUUGGAACUAG